UGCCUAACAAGUUUCAUUAUUAUAUAAUUUUGACAACCAAAACAUAGCCUAGUUCAGUAAAAUAAAUAAGUAAAAUUUUAGAAAAAUGGCCCCUCGUUUAGUUGGUUGGAGGUAUGCGGCUUUAAUAACGGGUCUUGUUGGAAUGAUUGGACUAGCUAUAUACCCAAUAAUAAUAGAUCCUAUGAUGGAUCCAAGUAAAUACAAAAGGAUGCAGGAGAGAUCUAGGACAGGAAUAAGACAAGAAGAUAUUCAGCCUGGCAAUAUGAAAGUGUGGACUGAUCCUUUUGACAGAAACAAAUCUACUUAGUUGUUGAUAUAUGUUGUAAAUGUAUAUAUUAGUUAAUUAAUUUAUAUUUAAGUUCAAAAUAUACCAUAUAAAUAAA